AUGGAAAGUCUUAUUCUCGCAGGGCUAGCCAUUUCGACUGUAUACGCUGGCUCGAAAUGGUCCGCCUCAAAAAAGGUCCGAGAGGAACAGCAAACCAUUCACUCGAAAACGGCCCUUCUUUUUCCGAUUAUGGGUGGUGCUGUGCUUGUCUCUUUAUACAUUGUCAUGAAAUAUUGGAUUAAGGAGUACAUAGAAACAAUCCUUCAGGUGUAUUCUAGCUUUGCAGCAGCUGGCUGCCUGUAUGCUAUGUUAAAUCGCGGUGGAAAACUUAUAUCUUUCUUUGCGUUUGUCACAUCCAUUGGUUGUUCUGCGGCAUACUUGUAUACGAAAAAUUGGCUUUUUUCAAACAUACUGUCUUUUGCGAUGGCAACCACUUCAAUUGCAUAUAUGAACAUUGACUCGUAUGCGACUGGAUCCCUGCUGCUUGCGGCUCUGUUUUUCUACGAUAUUUACUUUGUUUUUGGUACAAAAGUGAUGGUUACUGUAGCCAAGGGAGUGAAUAUUCCAGCUAAAUAUCUUUUCCCUUCUCUUUCUCAGUCUGAUCGUUUUUCCAUUCUUGGCCUUGGUGAUAUAGUACUCCCUGGUUUGAUGGUUUCCCUUAUGCUUCGCUUUGAUUUAGCCAAUCUCAAGCGUAAAGAAUCUGAAGGAAAGGUCGAGGGCACAUCCACACCUCCCUCCGGGCAAAAACUUCCAUACUUCAAAGCGUCUAUGGUUGGCUAUACUCUCGGUUUGCUCUGUGCGAAUUCUGCCGUUCGUUACUUUCAUGCAGCACAGCCCGCAUUGUUGUAUUUAAGUCCAGCAUGCAUAAUUGCACCCUUCUUGAUUGCAAGCCGCCGUAAGGAAGUCAAACUGUUGCUUUCGUAUGAAGAUAAUGCAUCAACAAAGCAGCAAGACAAACAACAGGAUACCGAAAAGAAUAAAUAG